AUGCAACUUGAAAUUUUCGAUCAAUCCUUAAGCAAAGAUCCAACUUGGCCUUGUCUUUAUUAUGAAGAAAACGUAAGCUUUGAUGCACCUAAAGAAAUACACGAAGUUUAUAUUCCUGACGAUAAUGACGUUAAUGAUACAAGCAGAUAUCGUACGCCCGUUAAAAAAAAAAAGUAUAAAAUUAACCUGGAUGAAGCUAGAAUGAUUAAAGUAGAAGAAGAGAAAGAAAAACGUAAACAAAUUAUUUAG